AUGAAUAAAAAGAGUAAAACUCCUUAACAAUCAUCUUAACCAUAAAAUCAACAAAUUAACUAACCUUCUCCUAUGAUGUAACCAAUGUCUUUGCAAUCAGGACCAUCUCCAUCUUAACCUGAUACUUCAGUAUUGGAUGAAUCUGGUGGAGAGAGUGUAAAAGUUGCAUUGCGAAUUAGACCAAUGAACUAAUUAGAAUAAGGAAGAGGAGAUGAAUAAUGUAUCAAAGCUAUAUCAGAUUCAAAUUGUUAACUCUAUUAUAAGUAAUUCGCGAUCUUAAUUAGCAAAGAGGAGUAGCAAAGUAAUUUAGAUUUAAUGCUGUUUUGGAUGAAAGGUGUACUUAAUAAGAGGUGUUUAUGAAAUGCAAUAUUUAAGAAUUAUUAGAUGCUGCCUUAGAUGGAUAUUCAGCUACAAUAUUUGCAUAUGGUUAAACAGGAUCAGGUAAAACUUAUACGUAAAUUUUUCAAUUUUAAUAUUUAAGCAUUUCUGGAGUAGAAGAACGUUUAGCAAGAGAAAAGUAUAUUUCUGAUGAAUCUGAAGGCAUAAUUCCAAGAGCUACUAGAUAUUUAUGGUAAAUUAUGGCACAAAGAGCAGAGUAAUUUUAUGUGAAAGCUUCAUUUACAGAAAUAUAUAAUGAAUAAUUGAGAGAUCUAUUAAAUCCUGCUUCUGGAAUCUUGCAUUGUAGAUGGAAUUUAUAAAAUGGAUUCUUUGUUGAAGAUUUAAUGAUUGUUGAAUGCACAUCAUUCUCUGAUAUUUAAGCAGUAUUACAUGAAGGAAUGAGAAAUAGAAAGUAAGGAUCUCAUGAAUUAAACAAAGAUUCAAGUAGAUCUCAUUCAAUAUUGACAGCUUAUUUAAUUGGAGAAUAGAAUAUAGAUGGAUAAAUUGUUAAAGUAUUGAAUUAUAAUAUAAUAAAAUAGAGAUAUGGAAAAUUUUCAUUUGUUGAUUUAGCUGGUUCAGAAAGAUUGAAAGAAUCUAAAUCAUAAGGUGAUAUGAUAAAAGAAACUGGUAAUAUUAAUAAAUCUUUAUUUACUUUGGGUAAAGUUAUUAAGUCUUUAAGUGAUAAAAAGAAUAAAUUACCUUACAUUCCUUAUAGAGAUAGUAAAUUAACAAUGCUUUUAAUGGAUUCAUUAGGGUAUUAAUGAAAUUUAAUAUUAAUAGAGGAACUGCUAAGGCAUUAAUGAUUGCUUGUGUAUCUCCUUCUGCUGCUUAUUAUGAAGAAACAUUGAGUACUAUAAAUUAUGCCACUUCAACUAUGAAUAUUUAAAAUAAGCCAGUGAUUUCUAUGGGUGAAAAAGAUUAAAUUAUAUAUAAUUUGACUAGAGAGAGAGAUUUGUUAAAGAUGGAAAAUCAGUAUCUAAGAGAAUAAUUAUAAAGGUAAUUAAUCAUAAUAAUUAUUUAGAUAUACAAAUGGAUUACCUAUAGAAAUACCUAAUUUUAAUGAUAAAAAUGGAUAAAAGAAAUAACUACCUCCAUUACCAUCUAGACCAAUUAGUCAUAAUUAAAUUCUUAAUAGUUAAUAAAAUGGAUUUGAUUAAUAGGUUAAUUCUAAUAAUAGUAAGAUUGAUUUGCCAGUAAAUAAAAUAUUACAUGAAUAUUAAAUGGAAAUAAAUAAAUUAAAAUAAGAAAAUGAUGAAUUAAGAAAUGCUCGUGAUGUUUCUGUUAAGAAUUAUCAUAUUGUUAUGAAUGAAAAUAAUGCUUUAUAAUUGAAAUUAGAGAAUUUAGAAUAGAUAUUUAUUGGUAAUCCAAUAACUAAAGGAGAUUAGGAAAAAUCAAAGAUUUAAGAAGAAUAUAUGUCUAGUGCAUUAUUGAUAGAAAAUAGUGAUUUAAAAAAAAAAGUAGCAUCUUUAGAAGAAAAAAAUAUGGAGUUAGCUUAAGUAUGAAAUUUAUAUAAAAUUUAAUAGAUUGCUAGAAAAAAUCUUAAUGGAAAGAGUAGUGAUCCAAAUGAUUUACAUGAAAUAGUUUAAUUGAAAUAAACAAAUAAUUAGUUAUAAUAACGUGUAGAAUUUUUAUAAGCAAGAGAAAGGGAUUUACUUGAAUAAAUAAUGAGAUUAUAAAGAUAACCAAAAGCUUAUGCAGGAUUUUGA